CCCGGGAGAAGAAAAAAAGUUUCGUCUUCCAUUGUUGUGUGUGUGGAGUUAUAAAUUCCAAACCUUCUGAAAGCAACUCUUUAAUUUCUCCCUCCCUAAACCCUCCAACCAAAUAUAUACAUAUAUAUAUAUAACUUCUACUAGGAUCUUUCUUAGCUCUCUCCCCCUCCCCCCCACCCCUCUCCUCCCUCUCUAUAAUAUAUAGAAUAUAGAAUAUAGAAUACAUAGAUUAUAGAUUACUGGCCUUGCCUUCUCCGCCAUCCCUCUUUUUCUUCUCCCUCUCUCCCUCCCUCCCUAUAAAGAUAUGAAAUAAUUGGGUUUACAUUGUCCAAAACCAGAGGAGUUUAAUUUUGAGAAUGGGGUUGUUGUUCAAGAAGGAAGCGCAUGUGGUUUUCAAGCCUGCAAAGGAUGUUGAUCUAACUCCUGCCAGCUCUGAACUCUAUUUGCCAGCCAAUGUCAAAGCUCCUCGUUUGGCUGGAUUCCUGGUCAAAGUGUUUGCCUGGUUUUUGGAGUCACGGAUCUUUGGGACCUUGCUAUUGUUUAUACUGAAACGGGAUAACUUAAUUCAUAAGCUGGUCACAAAUGCUGAGCUGGAGGAGCCACCCGUCUAUGUUCCCCUACAUCCUUUUGAUGAUAAAGAAGAACAAGAUGUCAAACAAGUAGGGUCUGAAUUGUCUCCACCCGAACUAGUUCAACAGGCAAUUGAAUGUCUGCCUGUGUCCUUAGAAAAAACAUUAAAUGGUUCAAACUUUUCUUUUCGUCAUUGGACAAUAUCGGAUUAUUCAAGAGCCUAUACCUCUGGAGAAAUAACUCCUCGAACGGUUGCAGAGCACCUUAUAGCUGCCAUCCAUGAAUCUUCCACUCCACCAUUACAGAUGUCAUUCUUUAUCAACUACAAAGCUGAAGAUAUUCUAAAGCAAGCAACUGAAUCAACUCUUCGGUAUGAACAAGGAGUUCCUAUUUCAGCUCUUGAUGGGGUCCCAAUUGCAAUCAAGGAUGAAAUAGAUUGCUUACCAUACCCAACUACAGGAGGUACAAAGUGGAUGCACAACCUAAGACCCUGUACAGAUGAUGCAUGCUGCGUUAAGUGCCUCAGACUAUGUGGUGCUGUACUUGUUGGGAAAACCAAUAUGCAUGAACUUGGAGCUGGAACAAGCGGGAUAAAUCCCCAUUAUGGGGCAACUAGAAAUCCAUACAACCGCAGCAAGAUCUCUGGAGGUUCCUCCAGCGGAUCUGCUGCAGUGGUUGCCUCCGGAUUGUGCCCUGUUGCUCUUGGUGUUGAUGGAGGAGGAUCUGUACGGAUGCCUGCAGCUCUUUGUGGUGUUGUUGGCUUGAAACCAACAUUCGGACGAGUACCUCAUUCUGGUGUUCUUCCUCUGAAUUGGUCAGUUGGAAUGGUUGGAAUACUAGCAGGCACUGUUGAGGAUGCAUUUAUAGUCUAUGCAGCUAUUAGCUGCCAACUUCCACCACGUCAACUUUCUGUAUCGCCCAAAGUAAAUUUUCCUCUGUUGAACUCAACUAAACCGAUAUCUAGUAUCAAAUUGGCAAAGUAUGGCGAGUGGUUUAAUGAUUGUAGUGAUGAUAUCAGAGAAUGCUGUUCAAAUGCUCUGGAAAGGCUUCAGAAGCAAUAUGGUUGGAAGACUGUAGAGGUGACCAUACCAGAGAUAGAGAUGAUGCGCCUGGCACAUUAUGUAACGAUCGGAUCGGAGUGCACCACUUCGCUUAGUUCGUUUCUGGAAAAGCUGGAUUUCAAAGACUUAGGAUGGGAUGCAAGGGUAGCACUUGCUGUGUAUGGUGCUUUCAGCAGUAAAGAGUAUAUAAAGGCUCAGAAAAUUAGGAACCGACAGAUGCAGUUCCACAUGAAUUUGUUUACUCAGGCAGAUGUCAUUGUUUCCCCGACAGUAGGGGUAACUGCAUACACAAUUUUGGAUGAUGCUCUUAACACUGGUGAGCUUGACUACAUCAAUGGAGCUGCACUUGUUCGAUAUUCAAUAGCCGGAAACUUUUUGGGAUUACCGGCGGUGACUGUUCCUGUUGGAUAUGAUAAAUCAGGUUUGCCAAUUGGUCUUCAACUAAUUGGGAAGCCGUGGUCUGAAGCAACGCUUAUUCACAUGGCCUUCGCAUUGCAGGACCUCUAUGUCUCUGAGUACAGAAAGCCUGAGGUUUACUAUGAUCUACUCAAUAAAAAUUCAGUUUUCUAAGAAAGUCAGCAGCAAAGUGUACAAUGGUGCAUACAAGACAAUAAAAUGUUAUAACACACGAAUGUUAUUGCUAUCUUUAUUAUGAUGUUUAUUAUCCAUUAAUAAUGAGAAUUCAAGUGUAAUGUUUUUUUUCUUCA